AUGUAUAACCUCGGCGCUUCGCGUUCAGUAAGCGGAACGUUUUACGAACGUUCGGAACAGUUCGCGCGUUUCCGUGUUCGAUGGACCCAUGAAGGGAUAUUGUUGAUGCUGUCUCUUUAUGAAGAACAUAAACAGAAAUUUGAUUCCGCAUCUUUCAAAAACAAAAACGUGUGGAGAUUGAUAGCAGAAGAGAUGGCACACAAAGGAGUUACUGUCACAGGUGAAGCCUGUGACAGUAAAUUCCGGUUGAUGAAGUUAAAGUACAAGAAGAUAGUGGACCAGCAUGCCCCUAGUGGGAGCGGGCGAAAAAACUGGGAAUACUUCCAAUGGAUGGAUGAGCUAUUUGCUGGAGAUCCAUCUGUAAGACCAGCGAUGGUUGUGUCGUCAAUGCCAGUUCAGCAAGAUGUUACUGUAACUGUAACUGCAAAGCCGCCACCUGGGCCACGUAGACCCACGGUUCAUAAAGCUACAACUCCCCCACCAAUUGACCAGCCAGCAGGAAGGGCAACCACCCCUUCUACAGAGGGGACUGAUGAGCUUGUUGCUACCCCUCUCAUCAGAAAAAGAAAAAGAAGUGGGAGCCAAGACCCUCAAGAAUGGUUCCGGAGCUACAUGCUAGAACUUUGCAAAGACUUGACCGCUUGGAUGCCCAUAACGAGCGUUUGACUGCUUUGGCAGAACAAAAAUAUCGUCUACUGGAGCGACUUGUUGAGGCUCUGACCUCCAAUAAAAGUUGAACUGUCUAGAGAUUUGCAUUACUCCUGCAAACAGCGAGUGUAAAUAUGUUGAGUUGUGUUUCGUCAUUGUCUCAUUGUAAAGUAUCCAGUUAUUUUAUGCCAAGAUGAACUUGCAUUAUGGAGAAUUCAGAGCUGAUCUUUUAUCUAUGUAUAUAAUAAAUUAUUAUAAUUGUCAUUGUGUUAUUAUUAAA